ACAAAUUUUUUUUUUUUUUUGGAAACCUGCUAAGAGUUGCUCUUCAGGCAGCUGACAGGUCUGACAGAUUUUCUGUGUGAAGUGAACUGUUGAUCUCUCUCUGUUGAAGAAUAUCAGCCUUCCGGAUUAACCAGAAAGCAGAGUUCCUCAGGGCAGACCGACUGUGGCGCAAUCGCUGAAUAGGUGUUUAAGUUUGAUAAUGAGCUUUAAGUAGACAUUUUAUUUUCCCUCUUUAUGUCUGCAUGGUUAAAUAAGCACAUCGUGCCAGUGCAGGCAGCAUAUCCCCCUUUUAUCCCGCCAAGAACAUCCAGCACCUGAGUUGUGCACCUCUAUUGUGAGCAGGCAUGUCGACGGAUCAUUAAAAGGGGAAGUUGGCGAAGUGGCCGCAAGUGUUUGGCUUCACAGUGGUUGACUGCGCACAAAGCUGCCUGUCAGUAGGGAGUCUCUGACCUUUUGCUUUUCCCCCUCAUUUCUAUCCAUCUUAUGUUUACGCUAUGCCUUAUUUUCUUUCUUUGCAUCCCUCUCUGUUUCAGCUCCGAUUUUAUCGGUCUCUUACUCCGUUUGAGAGGUCAGGAAACCAGUGGUGGUUCUCUUUAGCUGUCAGUGCGUCUAUACAUCCGUUCUCUGCAAAGUCUUGAGCCCAGAUCACUUCACAUGCUGAUUUAUACAAACUCUGUGGUGCUCUUAUCUGACAGCCAAGGCUGAAAUUACUAUUAGAGCACUUUGGAGGGCAAACAUCCUGAAAAUGGGUUGUUUAAUAGCUUUUUGAGUCCUCUUCGUUUUUAAGGUGCACGACUGAAGGGGGUGGGGGUGGUUUCCAAUGUUUCAUACCUAGAUCGAAGUAUGGUCAUUGUCAUUAAUCAUUAAUUCUUAUUCACUGACAAAGUUUGUUGGGAUUUUUCAGUUAAUGCAAGGAGGAAGCAGUACUCCCAUUAAUAGUACAAAUAAACAUUGUUUUAAAGUAGCCAAGUAUCAUCUAAUUUAUUGGCCUGGCCAAUAUAUUGAUCAGUCAUUUACUCAUUUCUAUAUCAAGGCUGACACUAUAAAAUUAUUACGCUGUAACUAUAGCUUACACUUGGAGUUGUUUCAAUCGUAUUUUGGACAUCUGCCAUAUACCUGAGUAAUACUAUUGACCUUAUCCUGGUGAUGCCAUGUUUGAGUCAAAUGCAUCUAUAGGAUGUCAGUCACACAAUGGAAAAAAGUUGUAAAAGUUGUGCUGAGAACUUCUGCUUAAACCUUUGCAGCACUGAUAGAUGGACAACAUCUUGACAUUAUUUCCCAUAAGCUAGAGAGUUUAGCUAGGACAGGUGAAUGAACAAAAAGUCCAUUCUUUCUAUUAUUCAAACUUCGACCUCUUCUGUUGGGGUCUGCAUUGUUUCAUGUGUCCUAUCGAGCCGGGGUCUGAUUUGAGAGAGACAGCAAUAGCUUGUUGAGUGAGUUUUUCAGGGCUCGCCACAACAUCAAUGAAAUCAAACAGAGCAGGCCAGAGAAGCUUGCGCUGAUAAGUGCGUUCGAUCAUUGAGAUUGUCCAUCAAAUCAUCUUCACGCUUUGAAUGUGUUCUGUUCAGCCGCUUGUGCUUGGAGUCAAAGAGCUCACGGGCCCCGUCAGAAAUAUGAAAUGUAAUUUCAUCUGUAAGGAUUGCAUUGUAACUAUUUUGUUUUUGUUCAUAAUGUUUAGGAAUAUUGAAGACCUGCUGUAAAAACAGCAUCAUGUUCAAAAUGGUUUCCUUUGUAGUUGCAAGACUUGUAAUAAUCACUGCUUCUAAUCAACGCAUAUGUCAAAAGUUAGAAAAGUCUGCACGUUUUGUUGCUGUAGUUUUGACACACAUUUUUGUAGAUCCUUCUUAUGUCUUUAGCACAUGAGAAUACAGAAACUUUCUAUAAAUAAUCCCUAAUGGCAAGUUAUCUUUGUCCGAAAUGGUAAAAUGGCUUUCCGCACGUGAGAGGUGGCAGCUGGAAAGUGCCGUCAGACUCUUCGCCUACAGGUUCCCAAAAACCUCCAGUUUUUGUUCCACCUACCUUCUUUACCAUGAGAUGAGCUCAGACCCACAGCGGAAAUUAGAAAGUCCUCCAUUAGAACAUUAGAACAGAGAAAGUGCCAGCACACAAUCUGACAGCCACCCAUCAAAACGAGCAUCACUCUCUUUCUUUUGUCAUAACAGUGAACUCAGCCACUUUAGAAUGUGUGAGCCCAGUCCACCUGCUGUACAUCCCCACGCCAAGGGCAAUGUGACCAUGGUGGGUGUUGGUAUCAAGCUUGAAGACGACGAAUCGGGAGGUAGAGCUGUCCACCGAGAAUCCCAGCAGUCCUCUCCAGUCAGUGAUUGGUCAGUUCGGCAGCUGUCAGACAGAGACGACUCUGAGAAGUCAGCGCCCCCUAAUGCACAAUCUCCUUUGGCGAGCUCUCCCAGUAAAGACCCAGUACGAUCAUACACACCUGCCAGUCAAGAUGGAAGCAGUAGAGCUCAUGAUAAGACUGACAGCAAGCCUAAUGUCAGUGAGGUGAUGCCUACUAUUGAAAAACUUCUGAAUACGGACUGGAAAGAAAAGUUCCUUGGGAAAGGUCUUCAUGGCAGUGUCAACCUAAAAGGAACCCCAGAGAGUCUUGCAGAGAAGGAGCUUCAGUUGUUGUUGAUGAUAAACCAGCUCUCUGGUCUGCGAGAGCAGCUGCUAGGAGCUCAUUCUGAGCAGAGGAAUAUGGCCGCUCUGCUGCUGGAGAAACAGCAGCAACAGAUGGAACUGGCAAGGCAGCAGCAGGAACAGAUUGCCAAACAGCAGCAGCAGUUGAUACAGCAGCAACAUAAAAUCAACUUACUGCAGCAGCAAAUUCAGCAGGUAAACAUGCCGUAUGUUAUGAUCCCUGCCUUUCAUCCCAAUGCCCAACCGAUGCCAGUCACCUCUGAAGCCCAGAUGGGUUUGCCUCUGCAGCCCAUUCCCUGCAAACCAGUGGAGUAUCCCAUGCCAUUGCUGCCUAAUCCACACUCCGCCCCAGUCAAAAGGUCCAGUGGUGCAGUCUUUCGCCAGGAUACCUGUCAACCUCUCAACCUCACGGCUAAACCCAAGACCCCAAGUCCACAGGCACUGGAAAUGGCCCACUUGCAGACAGGGUACCGACCCAGAGAUCUGUCGCAUAGCCCUCCUCGAUCUGCCCUCAGCCUGAGCUUCUUGGGAGAGGGUGAUGUUGUGACACAAGCCAUUCAUGAUGCCCAGCAGCUGUUGCGUGGAGGACAAGGCCCGACAGGCCGAGAGAGGGACCGUGAGAGGGACAACAACACAAGGCUGGAGGCGUCUCGAGACCGGAUGGAUGAUGGACAGUCCAUGCGGACGAAUGAGGACCACCUCAGCAGUGACUCUGAGGGGCAGAUGGCAAUCUCUAGUGUGGGUAACUUUGGUGAAUCCCGGACUCCCUCCUCUGGCCACAUCAAACGUCCCAUGAACGCCUUCAUGGUGUGGGCCAAAGACGAAAGACGACGUAUCCUACAGGCGUUCCCUGACAUGCACAACUCCAGUAUCAGCAAGAUCCUCGGUUCCCGGUGGAAGUCCAUGUCCAAUCAGGAGAAGCAGCCAUACUAUGAAGAGCAGGCCAGACUGAGUCGGCAGCAUCUGGAACGUUACCCAGACUACAAAUACAAACCCCGGCCAAAGAGGACCUGUAUCGUGGAGGGUAGACGACUGAGGGUCGGAGAGUACAAGGCCAUGAUGAAGAGUCGACGACAGGACCAACGAGUUACUUACCCUCCAAGCCAAUCAGAGCAGCAGCUACCGUACCCCUCCAGCGAUGGACCGUACUCAACCACGCCGGUGUCAAUGGCCCCACUGCCCUUGCACCCUGCCCUCCUGGAGCACUACCUUCCUCGGGGUCUGGAGCCCCCAAAAGGCCAAGGGAGCGAGAUGCGGGAGGCUGUGAGGCCCAGACAGCCCUACAGCGAAGGGGAGGAGAGUGACGCGGGUGAACGCAGUGAGGGAGAGCUGGUGGUCCUCACUGACUGAGACAGAACAAGGAAACAAUCAGAGGACAGAGAGGGUGGAAAAUGCGAUGAAUGAGAUGGAGAAAAUAUUUGGGAGUUUUUGCAAUCCCUACCUACAACAUGAUGGUGUCCAAUAUAUGGUAUAGGUCAGUGUUUUUCUGUCCAGUUGAGAGGAUGUCCUGGUUUCAAACCCGCCAGAUCGGUCACAUGGUUCUCUAGGGUUGGUUAGGAAGGCAGCAAACAUGAUAAACAAAGCUUUUCAUUCAUUUUUCCAGUGGUUUAGGCCAGACAUCCAGGAUAGGUCUUACAUACUGACCACAGCUUGGAAAAAGCAAGACUUUUUCAAUCUAUGAUAUUCAUCAUGAGACUGCACAUCUCGAGUCUUUUAAAGGCAUUGUGAAACUGGUGUUCAAAAAUUGUUUUACAAAUCAAAUGUCACUGCAUUUAUUAUGAAGUUGUUAUGAAAUGUUAUCUGCAAAGUUGAAAGCAAUUGCACGAGAAUCGGCUUCUCUAUAAGGGGUACAGAUAAGUGUAUUCACUGUUGACUUAUCUGAAAAAGUUCCACAUUUGACACCAUGUCAAAUGAUUGGCAAUAAUAGAAUGAAACUGUUCACACAAAAAUGAAAAGAAGAGAUUAUGGUCAGUAAACUAAAAAAAAAAAAAAAAAAAAAAAAAAAAAAAAAAAAAAAUUAUGGAUGAACUUUUUCUUUAAAUAGUCAAACCGUGAAGAGCUAUCAGUCGUUUUGCCAUAGGAAAAAAAAGGAAAAAAAAAGAAAAAAAAAAAACCCAAACCCUCUCUGUGUUAUAAUGCUUCUUGAUGUCACCAGGGUUUUCCUGCAAAAGUUCCUGUUAAGACUGUGCCAAGGUACUUUCCAGAGCUCAAGGGCUUGAGCAAAAAAGAAAACAAGUGGACUUGGAAAAAGGAAGGAACAUUCCUGAACUCCUUGUCCAGUUUAUUAUAUCAGAUAAUGACGAUUGGAGACUGUUCUGUUAGAGAUUUAUGCAGCCUGCCCCUUUAAGACUCGCCAAGGGCAGCGAAGGUUGGUUGCGUCCUCUGCUGUUUGAAUCUGGGUACUGCACUUAAAAUAUUUCCCCAGGUCAAAAUCAUAUUUUUGUUUCUUUUGAUUUAGUGCAGAAUAAUAACUUGGAAUGCACUUUCCCCAUCUAAUAUAUUUUUUUCAGACCCUCAUGAUUCAUAACAGAGCUGUUUUUUUUUUCAGAGUAGAAUUUUGCACUUGAUGUACAUAUGCAAAUAAUUUCUACUAUACAUUUUGUGAAAGGAGAUGUGAAUAAUGCCCUUCCCUCAGAUUACUCCCAUUUUUUAAAUUUUGGUUUACUUUACUGUUUUUUUUGUGUGUGUGUGUGUCUGUGUAUAUAGAGUGAUCAUUCCAGCAGUUCUUAAGACCAGGUCCAUAUUUGUGGACUGCUAGUCAAUUUACAGUUAAGCUGAAAUGUAAACAUUUUGUUAAAAAUUCUAAGCAUUUAUAUUUUAAAGAGGAGAUAUUUUAGAAGAUAUCUGCCAUUGGACUGUUAGGAUAAACCUAACCUGUUAAAUGAAAUGAUGACGUAUAUAGCUGGACACAUAAAUACAGUUUGUAUUUUAUCUGUAGAAUGAACCCAUGGGGGGAAAAAAAUUGAUUCACAACUGUUGCAAAACCAGCUGUUGUAAAAUAUAUAGACUUUAUUUUGUUUAUAAAAGUGUAUAAUUUAAAGGUGUACGUUUUUUUUUCUGUAUGUUGCAUUUUUUCCAAGCAAGUUUUUGUGGUUUGUUUUUGAAGCAUAAAUAAAAAUGUUAUGUUUA